AUGGCAGGUGUGGAUGCACUGGCAGCCAUAUCAAAAACCUACAUGCAGGCAGCUCAGGCCAUAUGGUCGCUUUCCAACGAUGAAGCAGCACCAGAGAGGAGGACUGCCCUUAUUGCCAGAGAGCUGGCUAGAUACAAAGUGCAGAUUGCUGCCCUCAGUGAGUCCCGGCUAGCCGAGGAAGGUCACCUGACAGAAGGUGUCAACGACCGCCUGAUGACAGUUCGACUGCCCCUACGGGGAAAGUGGCAUGCCACGCUGGUCAGCGCCUAUGCCCCCACAAUGACCAACCCUGAUGAGGUCAAGGAGGCAUUCUACGAAGACCUGAAUGCUACCAUCUCUACUGUGCCCAGAGCAGACAAACUCAUUCUAUUGGGUGAUUUCAAUGCCAGGAAACCUGUUCUACACAUGAGCUUCUCAUCACCAACUCCGUCUUCGGCCUGCCUCACCGGAACAAGACGUCGUGGAUGCACCCUCGCUCAAAGCACUAGUAUCUGCUGGACUACGUCAUCGUUAGGCAGAGGGACAGACGACCACAGGGGAAAAAGGUUCCAAAGCGAUCACAUCAAACAGUCUCUGGCUGAAGAAACUGAGAGCAGACUGGACCCCCAAACUUCUUGUACUGGGGACAUCGAGUCAGAGUGGGCUGUCUUUCGAGACACCAUCUAUGCUGCAGCCUCAGAGGUGGUGGGCCCCACCACUCGCAAACACCAAGACUGGUCUGAUAACAACAACGAUCACAUCCAAACACUGCUGGAGGAAAAACAUCGUCUGCACAGAGCCCUUCUUAACGACCCUACCUCUGCUUCCAAGAAGGCUGCCUUCAGCAUGCACUCAAGUGUCUAUGGCCCAACUUCGUCAGGAUUGUCCCCUCUCCUUAGUGCUGACGGGGACACACUGAUCACUGACAGAGAGAUCAUUGAGCGCUGGGCAGAGCACUUUGACAGUGUUCUCAACUACCCAUCUUCCAUCAACAACGAAGCAAUUGAGAGGCUACCACAGGUUCCUACCAAGCACGCUCUUGCCGAUGUCCCUACCGAAGACAAGGUGAAGAAAGCAGUCAACUGCCUAUCCAGUGGCAAAGCUCCAGGUGCUGACUCAUUUCCAGUGGAAAUCUAUGGCUCUGGUGGUCCACAACUGAUCAGGAGACUCACUGAGUUGUUCCAGUCCAUGUGGUCCCAAGAGAAACUUCCCUAG